UGUAGCCGAAACAGGUAAAUGACUUACUGAACGGAAUGUUAGGUGUAGGCUAUUGUUCUUGAACAAAGCCUAAUUCUGAUUUAUAGUGAGUAGAUAAGGUUGGUGUUACUUCAAGCCUUUAUACUUCAUCCCUAUAAGCUUUCCACAGCCCGCGGGGACAAUGACGUUUGGAAGGAGCGCAAGUGGGGUAACGACGUUCAUUUGGACCUUUUUAUUUCUAUCUGCCCUGUGCCUUCCAACGGUCUAUUCCCAUGGAGCCGAGCAUGGAGAGACACAGGGGGGUGAGCAGGAUGGCCACCCGCCCAUUAUACGCUUGGACAAGAACAUGGUCCAGGAUAAAGAUCACAUCAUGGAGCACCUGGAGGGGGUGAUUGACAAGCCGGAGACAGACAUGUCUCCGCAGGAGCUGCAGCUGCACUACUUUAAGAUGCACGACUACGAUGGCAACAACCUGCUGGAUGGACUAGAGCUGGCCACAGCCAUCACACACGUGCACAAGGAGGAACGAGGAGAGGACAGUCAGCCAAUGAAGGAGGAGGACUUAAUAAGCCUUAUUGAUGACGUUCUGCGAGAUGAUGACAAAAACAAUGAUGGCUAUAUAGACUAUGCAGAGUUUGCAAAGUCACUGGAGUAAGAGAUGUGAAGGAAAGAAAGAGAUGAGAGGAGACAGGCUUUGCCUUACUACAGACUGGCCUCCGAACAUGCACUCUUACACACACACACACACACACAUACACACACAUGCGCACACACACAGGGAAGCAUCCAUGCUUACUGCUGUCCAAUCAAUCAUUUCUACUGAAUUCAGAACAUGAACAUGCUGUUUACAGUUUUCUGUUUGGAUCUCAAUCUUUUUCUUUGUUGAGACUGUGACGUUACUGGCUCAGCUGAUAGAUAUGGCUGAGUUGUAUGUAGUACCUGCCAAAUGUAUACUGUGUAAAUAACAUAAUUCCAGAAUAAAUAAACCCAUGAUGAGUUGUAACUGUUGGUUUAAAUGCAGAAUCUGUCAAAAGUCAUGGAUGCAGAACAUCAAUUAAAGCAACCACAUGUUCUUUUUAGGACAUUGAA